AUGCAUAAGCAAUCACAUCCCGUGCCUAAGACACAAAAUGGUGGCAAUACUCGCUCCGCAGACAAUCAUUGGCUCAUUGGGUUCAAUGGUUUUGAUGGUGACAUCGAUAGACAUCACUGGGAAGUCAUCACUGGUUUGGCAGCCAAUCGCUGGCAACUGACAGCCACUGGGCUCACAGUGCGGACACCGUUUCAGCCAGUGUCAGGUCACACGGUGGUGGUGGUCAUGCUUACCAUGAGAGCGUGCGGUGGUGUCAUUGUGUGCACAUCUGUGGAGGCUGAUCGCAUCCAGAGGUCACUCAUUGGACACACAUUUGAUUAG